GCGGAUGGUGCUUGGGAAGAUGUACAGGGAUGAGGAGUUUGAUGCGAGGGGUUUCAGGUCUGUGAUCAAAGAGGGGGUCCAAUUGAUAGGCGCCGCUAACUUGGGUGAUUACAUUCCUUUUAUAGCUCCCUUCGACCUCCAAGGUUUCACGAAGCGGAUGAAAUCUGUUAACAAGGCGUUUGAUACCUUCUUUGAGAAGGUCAUUGACGAGCGUAUUCAAUCUAACGAGGGAGAAAGGACUAAGACUUUGUUGAUGUCAUGGUGGCCUUCAUGGGAUCUGAACAAUCUGAAUACCGAAUCGAACGCCCUCAUAUCAAAGCCAUAAUAUUUGAUAUGUUGGUGGGCUCCAUUGACACAUCAUCAGUUACGGUCGAGUGGGCACUGGCCGAGCUUAUGAGGCACCCAAAGGCAAUGAAGAAAGUCCAAAAGGAGCUAGAAGAUGUUGUUGGAUUGGGGAGAAUGGUGGAGGAAUCAGACUUGGGGAAAUUGGACUACUUGAGCAUGGUAGUGAAAGAAACCAUGAGGCUACACCCAGUUGGGCCAUUGUUGAUUCCUCAUGCAGCCACUGAAGACUGCACCGUCAAUGGCUACGACAUACCCAAAAAAUCACGUGUUAUCAUAAACGCGUGGGCAAUUGGGAGAGACUCGAGUGCUUGGACAGAUGCAGAGGAGUUCAUACCAGAAAGAUUUGAGGGUAGCAACAUUGAUGUUAGAGGAAAUCACUUUGAGCUUAUCCCAUCGGCUCUGGCCGAAGACGUUGCCCUGGAAUGCAUCUAG